UGUGGUGGUGGUGUCGCAGGUAAUGUACGCUGCUACCUGCAUCAGCAUCAGCUUCAUCAGCAACUUUAACGUGAUCCUUGCAUUCCGAUUUCUUUUGGGGGCGCUUGGAACACCCACCUUCUACAUGCUAGGUAUGGAGGUGUGCGAGACCAAGAACAGGUCUGCUGUAGGCAUCCUUAUGGCUCUGCCCUGGGCCUUUGGUAUGAUGAUGUGGGGCGGGGCAGGCUACCUCAUCAGAGAUUGGCGGUGGCUGCAGCUUGCCGUGUCCCUCCCUAUAAUCCUCAUGCUGCCUGUCUUGUUCCUGAUUGACGAGUCACCCAGGUGGCUCAUCGUGACUGGGCGACAUGACAAGGCCCUCAAAGUACUGCGUCGCGCCUCGAGGCUCAACAAGACCACGUUGCCCCCCGAGGAUGUCCUAAAAUCAAUCUUUGACGACAUACAGCUUGAGAACGAAAAGCCAGUGACGAAGACUGAGAGCAUGCACAGCCUAGCCAUGGGCAGCGGGCAGGAGAGGUGCACCAUGUCCUGUCCAAGGCUGCUGAGGUCCCACAAAAUGAGGGUGGUCACUAUCGCUCUCUCCGUCAACCUCUUCAUCUCGUCUCUCGUGUAUUGUGGCUUGAGUCUGAGUGGCGCCAUCUACAGUUCUGACCCCUUCCUCUACAUGGUCCUCAGUGGGCUCAUGGAAACGCCCGGAUACUCCCUGACGGCGCCUCUAAUUAAGAAGUUCGGCAGGAAGAACCCGAGCAUCAUUGGCUUCACGAUAUGCGGCGUUGUCAUCCUUUGCCUCACCGUCAUUCCCUCAGACAUCUCGUGGCUGGUGAUGACCUUCGCCAUGCUCGGUAAGCUCGCCAUCAGUGGCGCCUUCAUGAUCCUGUUCGUGUUCGAGGCUGAACUGCUGCCGACGGAGGUGCGUCUGCAGGGCCUCGCCGUCACCAUCGUUUCGGCCAACAUUGCCGCUGCAUUGUCCCCAUACGUGGCUGACUACCUGGGUCCGCUGGUGCCGUGGCUGCCUUCCGUCAUCUUCGGCCUGUCGUCCUUCGUAGCAGCAUUAGUGCUGGUGCCGUUGCCGGAGACGCUGGGCCGGCCGCUACCUGACAUGAUACAUGAUCUCGAGAAGCUUUGGAGAAAAAAAGAAAAAAAAACUGACGCUGGAGAUGAUAGUCUGACGGACAAGCUGACGGCGUAGUAAAGAAAAGGAGAAGGAGGGGAAAAACAAGUUCAAGAAAAAAAUAAAACGAAACGUGAAAAUAAAUGAACAAUGAAGUGGCAAGGAUGGAAGGGAAACGAAAAAAAACGACGGAAAGGAGGAUAAUGAAGAGGAAAAAGGACCUGGGAACACAUUUAGCUCUUAUAAGGAAUCCAUUAUUACACUAUGUGAAUUUU